CAUAAUCCCCCUCAAAUUAAUAUAAAGGAGAGCUGGUGCUGCAGGAUGACUUGUUAUUUGAGACUUUUGAGUGACUUGGUGGAUCCCGGCAGACAGAAGCAGCGUCGACUCAGGUGAGUUCUUAACAUCAGAGGCUUCUACAAUCAUGGAGAACAAGCCGAACCCUCAGUCUGGUCAGAUACAGUAUUACUCUCUUCACACGGUGCCAGGAGAGCAUCAUCCUCAGUUCCAGUACGAGUGUCCGCAAAAUCUGCAGCUGAUGACCAUGAUCAACGUCCCGACCGCAGAGCCGCUCCAGCACGUUCUCCAGUACAACAACGAGGUGAUGGACGGGCUGCCCAUGUUCUCUAGCGACGCGGUGCAAGCCUCCUCGGGUGACAUGGCCGCCUACCACCCGCUGCACCGAGCCGCUCCCACGCAUCAGCAGACCGUGGUCCAAGCCAACACGUCCAGCACUUCUUCGCCCAGACAGGGCUUCUCUCAGAAGAGAGCGCAGCGCCUCAUGAGCAACAGGAAAGCUGCUCGCGAGUGUCGACAGAGGAAGAAAGAGUAUCUCAAACAGUUGGAGGAACGGGCAGCCGAGCUGGACGGUCAAAACAAGCUGCUAUUGGAAGAGAUAAAAGAGCUGAAAAGUAUUUAUGGACAUAAUGACGACUGAAAUUAAACACCAUCAAUCCCUCA